UUCAAUAAGACUUUUUCGGGAUAGAUUAAGCAACCAAUCUUGGAUAACACGUUAAUUCGCAGAAUUAUUAUAAAAGCUUCCAACCACUAUGCAGCAUAUCUCUCCCACCAUUCACCGCAACUCGAAAAGAGACCCGUCGUUCUCACCGACACUAGCCGUUUGUUACACUCAAAAGGUGCCAGCUCACCCACUUCCGUACCCGUCCUGCACCCGAUGCCCCCAUUCUAUGAAGUAGCGGUCGCCCGUUUUGGGCAAUCAUCCUCAAAAGCCAAAUGGGUAAUCGUUGUCGUAUUCACACCAUCUACCCAUUCAUUGGUCUAUCAAAUCGCUGGCUCAGCUGUUGACUACAGCCUCGAAGCACCACAAUCAGUCACACUCAAAGAUGGGGAGAAUGGUUAUUUGGGGAGGGCACCUAUAGGAUUGGUGGAUUCCGAGAAUCUACAUCUGCUCCACACCACACUCGCAUCCAUUCCUGUUGUUCGGGGAGAUGCCUCCUGGAGCAGCCACAACUGGGUCAUGGAGGGUAUAGCUGCUCUUCGGAGAGUACAGGGAUAUCACAUCGACAAGCACGUGUCAAUGCAAUGGAUAUCAGAAAAGCUAGGAGGGAAGUAGCUCGGGUCAUUAGUGACCGAGGGAGAGCCCGUUUGCCGUCAUCAAGAUCUCUGGAUGAGGGUGGAGAGGGAUAACUAUAUCGGGGACAUUCAGGGCAAAAC